GCUUCGACGAAUGGAUUGUUGAUUUUAAAUUUUACGGAUUUUGGAGUCCCUUGGGUAGCUCUUUCAAGUUUUGAUGAGCAUAAAUAGUAAUCUUGUGUCUGGAGCCCUGGUGGCACAGUGGUUAAGAGCUACAGCUGCUAACCAAAAGGUCGGCAUUUCGAUUCCACCCUUAUGGGGCAGUUCCACCCUGUUCUAUAGGAGUCGACUCAACAGCAGCAGGUUUUUUUUGUUUGUUUAAUCUGUGUCUAAAACAGAAGAAUUCUGAAAACCAACUUGGUUGUCAAAUCUGAAGGAAGGAGAGGCUGACAUUUUCGAGCUUAAGUGAGAGCUUUUUCAUGGUGAAAGGAGCAGCCCUCUUCUUACAGCAGGGAAGCAGCCCUCAAGGCCCGCGGAGUCUUCAGCACCCCCACAAGCAUGCAGGCGACUUGCCCCAACAUCUUCAAGUAAUGAUCAAUCUCCUGCGUUGUGAAGACAGAAUCAAGCUGGCCGUGCGCUUAGAGAGUGCCUGGGCGGACCGCGUCCGGUACAUGGUGGUGGUGUACAGCAGCGGGCGCCAGGACACGGAGGAGAACAUCCUACUGGGAGUCGACUUUUCCAGUAAGGAAAGUAAAAGCUGCACCAUCGGGAUGGUGCUCCGACUGUGGAGUGACACGAAAAUCCACCUGGAUGGAGACGGCGGAUUCAGCGUGAGCACAGCAGGAAGGCUGCACAUCUUUAAGCCUGUGUCCGUCCAGGCCAUGUGGUCUGCCCUGCAGGUCCUCCACAAGGCCUGCGAAGUAGCCCGGAGGCACAACUACUUCCCCGGGGGCGUGGCUCUGAUAUGGGCCACCUAUUACGAGAGCUGCAUCGGCUCCGAGCAGAGCUGCGUCAACGAGUGGAACGCCAUGCAGGACCUGGAGUCUACACGGCCCGACUCCCCAGCCCUGUUCGUGGACAAGCCAACUGAAGGGGAGAGGACCGAGCGUCUCAUCAAAGCCAAGCUCCGAAGCAUCAUGAUGAGCCAGGAUCUAGAGAACGUGACCUCCAAAGAAAUACGUAACGAGUUAGAGAAACAGAUGAACUGUAAUUUGAAAGAAUUCAAGGAAUUCAUAGACAACGAGAUGCUCCUUAUUCUGGGACAGAUGGACAAACCCUCCCUCAUCUUCGACUACCUUUAUCUCGGCUCUGAAUGGAAUGCAUCCAAUCUGGAGGAGCUGCAGGGCUCAGGCGUUGACUACAUUUUGAACGUAACGAGAGAAAUAGAUAAUUUUUUCCCUGGCUUAUUUGCGUACCAUAAUAUCCGAGUCUAUGAUGAAGAGACCACAGACCUUCUCGCCCACUGGAAUGAAGCGUAUCAUUUUAUAAACAAAGCAAAAAGGAACCAUUCCAAGUGCCUGGUCCAUUGCAAGAUGGGCGUCAGCCGAUCGGCGUCCACCGUCAUCGCUUACGCCAUGAAGGAAUUUGGCUGGCCUCUGGAAAAGGCGUAUAACUAUGUGAAGCAGAAGCGUAGCAUCACGCGGCCCAACGCCGGGUUUAUGAGGCAGCUGUCUGAGUAUGAAGGCAUCUUGGAUGCAAGCAAACAGCGGCACAAUAAGCUGUGGCGCCAACAGACCGAGAACAGCCUCCAGCAGGUCACAGAGGACCCUGCGGGACCUGGGGACUUCUUGCCAGAGGCUCUGGAUGACUCCCUAGAGCCCCGGCUGCCGGGCCUGGAUGAUGCCGCCCAGCGUGGGCUCCCAGGAGGGCCCACUGUCCCCUGCUGUUUCCAGCGACUCUCAGACCCCCUUCUGCAUUCCCCCGACAAUGGAACUGACGGCUCGGUCCAACUCGACAACCCGGAGAGGGACACCCUGCUCGAGGAAGCAGCUCAUCCAGCAGAGGCGCACAUGCCUGCCAGGCAGUCCCCGGAAGGCUCCGGACUCUGCGAGAAGGAAGUGAAGAAGCUAGAGUUUGGGAUUCCCAGAGCCCGGAUUGGCUCCUUGCCGCAGGUGGAGGAGAUGGAAAGGGAGGAGGGCCCAGCAGCAGGGAGGUGGGGGCGGCCCCAUACCCAGCUCGAGAAAAACCUGCUCAACCGGGAAAACCUAAAUAACAACAACAGCAAGCGGAGCUGCCCGGAGGACUUUGAGCAUGAUGCUAUAUUUGGGAUCCUUAACAAAGUGAAGCCUUCCUACAAAUCCUGUGCCGAUUGCAUGUAUCCUACAGCCAGCGGGGCUCCUGAGGCCUUUGGGAAGCAGUGUGAGGACCCCAGCGCUCCCGCCAUCUGCACCCAGCCGACCUUCCUGCCCCACCUCACGUCCUCCCCCAUGGCCCACAUGUCCAGCAGGUGCCGAGCUUUGGAGAAGCUGGUCUCUGGCCCAACCGAGACUCCUUCACCUCUACCACCAGCAGGCGCCAGGCGGCCAGACACCAGUGGCUCUGGGCCUGGAGCUGCCCCGGACCUACCAGCUAGCCUUUUGGAACCUUCCAGAGAGACCCAAAAAGUCCUACCAAAGUCCCUCCUUGUGAAGAACUCUCACUGUGACAAGACCCCUCCCAGCAUGGAAGUGGUAAAAGAAGAGCCACCACCCAAGAAGGACCUGAAACCAGCUAAGGACCUGCGGCUCCUGUUCAGUAAAGAAUCUGAGAAACCGACAACUAAUAGCUACUUGAUGCAGCACCAGGAGUCCAUCAUCCAGCUGCAGAAGGCAGGCUUGGUUCGCAAGCACACCAAAGAGCUAGAAAGGUUGAAGGGCGUGCUGGCAGACAUGGCAUCCCCCUCCAGAGACGGUGUCACCAGCAGGCUGGAGGCCAGCAUUCCUGAGGAAAACCAGGAGCUGGCUCCGUCCCAUCCAUCGGGGCCCCCGGCUUUGCCCCGCCAGGCUGGGAGCGAUGAGAAGUCGGAGGCCGUCCACCCGCCAUUGGAAGGAGCCUCUCUCAAGAGCCCCACUCCCUGGCUCUGCCGCCUAGAUCACACCAGUCAUUUCUCGAAAGACUUCCUGAAGACCAUCUGCUACACCCCCACCUCGUCUUCCAUGAGCUCCAACCUGACCCGGAGCUCCAGCAGUGACAGCAUCCACAGUGUGCGAGGGAAGCCAGGCCUGGUGAAGCAGAGGACACAGGAGAUCGAGACCCGGCUCCGGCUGGCUGGCCUCACGGUCUCCUCCCCACUCAAGCGCUCCCACUCGCUCGCCAAGCUCGGGAGCCUCAACUUCUCCACGGAAGACCUGUCCAGUGAGGCUGACGUGUCCACCAUCGCCGACUCCCAGGCAGCCAAGUUAAGCGAGUUGUCCUUCUUGCACGAGCCCCAGCCAACCCCAAGGAACACAAUCGCAACCUCUAAGCCAUCAGGGAAAUCUGCCCCAGGAAACUUGACAAGCCCCUCACCAGGGGGUAAGAGCUGACCCACUCUGCUGUGUUUGGACUUUCCUUCUCAGAUGAUCCCUCCCUUAGUUUCACUGUGGAUUCCGGUCAACCCCGUACAUCUUGAGUUCUCCCAAAAAAACUGAAGUUGCCCUAACUUUUUCCCCUCUCUUGCCAUAGAGAGGGGGAGAAACAAAAAUAACUAACACGCAGCACAAGUUAGAAGGGGAGAUUGCCGCCAUGUGGCCCGGGAGAGCCAGAAACCCUUGGCCACUCCAAGCUACACCAAGCUACUCCUCAAGACCUGUUUUGUCAACGAGAAGUAUGUUUUAGGAAGAGCGUGUCCAGUUAAACACACACGUCACAAAGACUACAUUUCCAAGAGUAGUCUUGACGAUGGCUUCAUGGUCCGGGCGGGGCGCUCUCGCUCAUUCCAGCCCUGGCGGGAGCCUCUUGGAUGGCAACAUAAGUCCUACCUCUGUUCUUGCUGUGCUUUUUGUUUUUAAAAUACAAUAAUGACCACAGCUCAUUCCAGAGAAUAAUGCUGUGUCAGAAAGGGUUUUUCCGGGGGGGGGGGGGGAAUUUUUUUUUAGUGGGGGAGUUGGGACCCCAAAAAGUGUUAAGACUUAACUUGACUGUACCAAGCGCUGCUGGAUGAAGUUGAAUGAAGGCGUUGAAUGCUGUGGGUGAACUAAGUGUGCUGUGUGGUGUCUUCCGUGCGGUUGAGGUUCCCUGCCCCGGGGGUUGCUGUUACAGCCGCAAGCUGUGUCUUUGGCCAGCACUGGGAUCACGUGGGGGGAAAUGUACGCGAUGUUCUCAGUUGUCGUUGCUAAUUUUUUUGUUGUUGGUUGCCGUUGAGUCCAUUCUGACUCAUGGCGACCACAUGUGUGUCAGAGUAGAACUGUGCUCCAUAGGGUUGUGGCUUUCGGAAGCAGACCACCAGGUCCAUCUUCUGAGGAGCCUCUGGGUGGAUUCAAACGGCUGACCUUUCAUUUAGUAGCCAAGCGCUUAACCAUGUGCCCCACCCAGGGACGUUUAAGUUGCCCCCUAUUGGGGGGAAGGGCCCAUGAAACCUGCUGUUGAACCGAAUUGGUUGUGCUUAGGUUUGGAAAGUGCCAGUGUGCCCGCUAGGGGCAGUGGCUCCGGGAUGCGGGUUGUCCCGCCAGGAGCUCUGACACUCAGGUUUGUUAGGCCGCUUCCUUUCACCUCUGGGGAGAAAAGGAGAUUUCAGCAGCGAGAAUCCCUACCAGUCCUUCUCCAGGAGCAGCCCAGCAGCAGCUUCUCUGAGGGCAGUGAGCCUGUUGAAAAGCCUCACAGAUGUUUACAGUCGCCCCUUCCUGCAGUGCAGGUACUGCUUCCGGUUCCUCUCUGGCUCUUGCCAGCAUAAUGGUGGGGUGAAGGAGGGACCUGCAGACCGAGCCUGGAUCUGUGGGCUCCCUGCAGAACCGAGGACGCUUAGCAAGUCCCGGGCCACUCGUGGCCUCAGCUUGAGUCAAGGGACUUGACUGGUGUUGGUCAGCGAGACAGAAUGGGAAAACAUUGUGAAGACAGAAAACGCUUGGUAGAAAGACAGAAGGAUUUCUAAUUCAGGGAUCAGCAAACUAUGGCAUAUGGCUCUGUGAGCUAAGAGUGGUUUUUACAUUUUUAAGGGUUUAUAAAAAAUAAAAUAACAUGCAACAAAGACCAUAUAUGGCCGGCAAAGAUAGUUACUAUUGUUGUUGUUUAGGUGGUAUUGAGUCAGCUCUGACUCAUAGCAAUCCCAUGUGACAGAGUAGAACUGCCCCAUAGGGUUUUCUAGGCUGUGAUGCAGAUUGCCAGGUCUUUCUUCCAUGGAGCCCCUGGGUGGGUUCUAACCAAUAACCUUUCGGUUAGCAGCUGAACACUUAACCCUUGCACCCCCAGGGCUCCUUCAGGUGGUUACUCCCUGGCCCUUUACAAAAACAGUUUACCAGCCCCUGGUUUUAUUUGAUAGCACAGAGCUGCCCACAGACUUCCAGAAAGAAACUGGGCAAAUUCGAAGGCCUCACCUGCUUCUCUGACACCUCAGGCCGUGCUCCUCUUGACCCCAGUCCUUGCCAGUGCCCGCCUCUCGUGCAGUAUGGCGUCACAGUGUGUGUGAAGGGAAGCUGCUGGCCAGAGCUUGUCCACAAUGGCACCUUGCCCUCAGCUGGGUCAGCCAGAUUAAUUCAGAGCCUUUGAGGACUGGUCACAUUCGGAGGGGAGGGGCUGAGUUGCCUCCUUACAUGGGUCAAAAGGAGACUGCCAGAAACUGCUGUGCUGGAGAGCCCCCCGGGGCAGGGCCUUCAGGAACAAGGUUGUUAGUUCAUAUUUCAACUAGUGGGUAGAGUUUUUGCAGAAAACCCUCUCUCCAGGAACUUUUUCUCCCUGACCUUCUCCUUUUUUGAAUAUACAUUAUUUUACUUUAUAGGAAUUUGUUUUCCUACCAUUGUCAAUUGAAAUCACUUGAAAAGGUGAUUAUCCACUCAUUUCUGAAAGCCCUGUGGAGUUUUUUUUUUUCUUUUCUUUCUUUCUCCCUCAGCCAACAAAAGCUUAUUCUCCAAGAAAUACCAAGCUCAAUACAUUUUGCCAAAUUAAAUUUCAUGUGGUAGAUCGAUUUUUGUGUCAAAAUAUAUAUAUAUUUUUAAUUUGGCAGUGACGGGCUCAUGUUGGUUUUUCAACCAGGUCUGUGUGUGAGAGUGAUAAGUUUUUGAAAACUUUUAUUUUGAAAGUUGUAAUUUUUCUUAUGCAGUUAAAGGCGGGGCGGGGGGGACGGUUUCAAAUACGAGUGACUCUUGGCUUUUGGCAAACUUAGCCAUUCGUUUUUGGAAGCUGUGUCUGGUCCCCAUCGUGAGAGCAAAAUGAUUUGAUGAUUAGCACUCUGGACCGAACAAAAAGAUAAAGACUUUUCUCUGAGACCCGAAUCAGUUGCAUGUAAACAGAUGGCAAAUUGCUAUUUAAAAUGUCACACUAACUAGACCAGAAAGGCAUUCAGCCCAGCUCAGGGCACCUUGGUAAAGACAGAUACCCCGCUGGUCUCUAGAAAGAAAACUUGCUCCGUAAAAUCUCCCAUAUCUUGACUGAUAUUUGUAUGUGAACUUAGCUGAUAGUGAAAAUCCCAGAGUGACAGAAGGGUUUUGAGAGGUGGCAGAGAUUUAUGCUGUGAAAGGCAUUCUUUGGGGGACAGCCAUUUUUAUUGACUGCCUCUGGUAGAAUUAGGAUGGCAGGAAAAAUUAUCUCAGUCAGCUUGAUACCCUGUGCUUUUGGCCGUGCUUCACCUUUCCCCUCCCCUCUCCCUCAGUUUUCCUUGAAUUCAUAUGGCAUGCCAAAAGUUAGACUGAAAUUUUCUAGAUGUUCGUCUUUCACUGAUGCAGGGAGGCCUUGGUGUCAAGGUCUUUCAAGUAAAAGGGGGAAACUGGGCAUGGAGAAAGGGAAGCACCAUGCUGCCCCCCAAAUCAUAGUGUGACAAUGCUGACUUCUAUUCCUUUGUCUUCGAGUUUCUUCAGAAUCUUCUAGAAAUGUCCCUGGUUGCAUGAACUUCUUAAGAUCAAGCUUUUUUCCCCCUUGUUUGCAUUCCCUUGUAUUCCUCCUUGUUCUCCAUGCAGGGACCCAUGCCAACCUGUGGGUUGUCAUCAGCUCCAUGGUAAGUAGCAAACCCUCCUCCUGGGCACCCUGAUGCUCAAGCAUGCAGAUUACACACAGGGCGCAGGCGCUACCCAAGCCCUGUCCUGCUGCGCCCUGCCCUCCAGCUAAAGAGCAUUCCAGUCCUUUCUGUGGCCCUUCCUUCUAGAGGAACCCGGAGGAUGCCGCAGGGUGGAGCGAGGUUGCGAUAGCGUUAACGCCUUCAGCGCCACCUUGUACUUCUGCACCCUUGUCUCCUCGCACAGGGCUGAUCCCCAAAGGUUGCUGAACCCCCCCUGCUUCCCUGGGGGCCAUUUCUCCCCAGCGGGUACCAGUGCAACAUCAUAUAGUCAAGAUCCUGUAAGUAACCUCUCUGAAGUUUUUGAAGAGGGAAUUGCUUUCUGUUAGCUGGAGAUCCUUGGAGCCAGAAUACAUUCCACCCACCCUGACUCUUGGGCUUGCCACCUAGCAGGGCUCCCGGCAAACCCAUACCACCCAUUGGGGGCACCCACCUCACCCCUGGCAAGAGGUACCAUCUGGCCAGCCACAGUGCAGAUUCACCCAUUCUGGCCCCCCACCCGGGUUCUUGCUAAUGUUACAUGCCAGACAAAGGUAAUUGAUUACCCCCUGCUCAAGUCGUUUUUUUUAUUGUCUGCUCCACAAUUGCACACUUGUGUGUCCGAGUUCAUGCUACACAUGUAUUUUUGAAGACACAGAACUUGAAUUCAGUUAUCAUGCACAUCCUGUCUCUCUCACCCACACCACGCUGGGUCUCCGGAGCUACAGAACAAUCAGAAGCGUUGCUGUCUGGUGCCGCCCUUGGUAGAGCUGGGGGCGACUGCGUUGUCUGGGUUUUGCAGUAGGUGAUGCAGUUCGGCUCCAGUCACUGUCUUCACCAAGAGUCUUUCUAACCAGACCACCUGUCCUCCGCUGGCCUGUCUCUUGGCCUAGCUGCAUGAGAAGGUAGCUGCUUUCUCCCUUCUUUUCUUUUCUACGCUGUAAUUUUUGUUUUACAAUUGAGUGCCUUAAUAAUCGUUUACAAAUACUAUGUAUUUAUGCGAAACUGUUAAGCUCUUACCUUUUGUGAUUGGAUACUUGGUCUUGUCAGUGGUAGUUGACUGUUAGGACCUGAGCGGGCCCUACUCCUUACUUGUGUUUAUCCUGCUAUGCAGUCUUACCUUACGUGUCCAUAAGUGUCCAGGGAGUGUCACUAGAAACAGCACUGGUCCUCCCUGCAGGCAAGGAAGGCAUAGGCUGGGACGGGCCUCACUGUAGCCAGUGAGAGAAUGUGAUUUCAUUUGCUAGCCAGCUGAGGGGUGGCGAAGUCCAGACCCCCUCUGAACCACAGCCCAGCACCUUGCCCAUUUCCCUCAAUCGCCCUAUUGCAGCCUUGGGUAAUAAAAUUUUAUAACUACCUAUUGUUGUUAGUUGCUGUCGAGUCGAUUCCAACUCAUGGCAACCCCAUGUGUGCACAGUAGAACUGCUCCAUAGGGUUUUCAAGGCUGUGGCCUUUCCGAAGCUGAAUUCCCGGCCUGUCUUCUGAGGUGCCUCUGGGUGGGUUUGAACCAUCAACCUUUCAGCUAGUAGUUGAGUGCUUAACCAUUUGCGCUACACAGGGACUUAUUACCACCUAGGCCACCCUAUUUUUUCCUCUCUGUUGGUGUCCUGAGCUCUUUUGCAGCAAAAUGCAGGUACUGCCCCCCUGCCCCCCUUGGGUCACACCUGGAGCCCCACAAGAGUUGCUGUUUGGUUUUCAGAAGCUGCCAGUAGGUUCCAGUGUGUUACGUUAUGCUAUCAAUGAUUUUUUUUUAUUCUAUUGUUUUUUCUUGUUUUUUUAUAUUCCAUAUUUAAAAGGCAGUAUCUUUUGUACUGUGAAUUUGCAGUAGGAGAGGCAUAAUGCACUUUUUUUUACAUCUGUUGAUGUGUAUUGUAUAUAGUCCGUGUGCUUCUUGUGAUGAAAAUAAACUUUUUCUUUACAAAUGCCUGAUGACUUAUGGACUUUUACGGAAGGAAACAGCCUCUUCUGCCCUUGCCAGGAGAGUCUGAGUCUUCAUCAUUAACGUCGUCAGUGGUAUUUGUUGAGCACCUACUAUGUGCUAAAAAAAUCUGGACACAUUAGGCCAAAGACAGAACCAAGGGGAAGAAAUGUUAGGUCCUCCCAGCAAUAGUCUUUUUCCCUCUUGAUUUUGUCAAGAAGGGAGAACAGGCCCACCUGUCAUUUGUUUAACCCCCAAAAAUGUUACCUGCCAGGAGGGGACUUGGACUUGGGGUGUGACCUAGAGAGCCAGCUAACCUACUCACCCCACACCCCAUGGGAAAGGAGGACCGUGAAGCCUCACUAACGUGAACUGCCAAAGUAGGACUCCUGGGAAAUCUUGGUCCCUGAACACGGUGAAAGCUGAUCUUGUGCCCGAGUUACAGUCCACUGCAGGUCAGCAGCUCUUCGUGGCUGUCCUCCCCAGGUGCCUCAAGAAGUUGGCUGCUUCCAUCUUGUAAUUCUCCCGUCUUGGAGCUCUUUGCUUCUAGCAUGAGGAGUAUGAAGGACUGACAUUUGCUCUUCACUGCCUUUGGGUGAGAGACAUCGUCACUUCAAAUCAAAUCCCACUGGUGAGACCUAGUCACACGGCCCCAACCCAGCUGACAGGGAGACCAGGAGACAUAAGGUGCACACAGAGAGCGGGUGAGCACUGACUGGCCACUAAAUCCCAGCACCAGUGGAUCCAGAAAGUCCUUUGCUUAGUUCAUCUAAAGCGGCUCUGUCUCUUGACUUGACUCACAGGAGACUGAUGAACAAACCAGAAUGCAAGCUUCUUACUUUACAACAGGAGUCGUAACUGUCAAACAGACCAGAUGAUCUCGUUUGCCACCUAGCACUUUCAGUCCUUCUAGGUAAAUCUAUAUGUGAUGCCAAAUUUUAUGGUUAGAAAUUGCUUAUUGAGUAUGAGAUCCAAAAGACUUCAUGGAUGAUUCUAAUGGUUAGUGUGACCGAGCUGCAAUCACCUGGUAUAGCCUGUCAGGGAGAUGUCUUUUAAAACUAAAACACAGGCUCAUGGUUCGGGACACUCCCUUUCUUGGCAAGGCUAGGGACAAUGAACAAAUCUUUGGGCUCCAAACCUGAAUCAGAUUCUGGGGAUGGGGCCCAGCCAUAGUAUGUUUCUGAUAGAUUCUCUGGGAAUUCUGACGGCCAAAUUUAGAAACCACCAAAAUAAGAAUGUGACGCAAUUAAGUAGGCAUACAUUUUCCUAGUUACAAUCACAUUCCACUCAUGCUCUUUGGAGACAACACUCACAUCACCCUAAUAGAAUGUGGGUGUUCCCAAAAUUCAGAUACUCGCUCAUUAGGGCUCCAGAGUGCCCCUGUCACUGGUUGUUUUUGCCCUGAUUUCAGCCUCUGAGCAACAAUCCCGGGGUUGGGUGUGAUCCCAGAUUGCCCCUACAGAGGGCGUGGCUUUGCAGGGGAGGAUCCACAUGCCCAUGCAUAUUCAUGUUUAGAGAAACCCUUUUUGGCAAACUGGCAUGGAAGAGGCUCCAGACAGCAGAACUCAGAGAGUGCAUUGGAAUUUCCAGGGUUCACCUCGUUGUAGGUACACUCACUCUAAAGGAGAUGCCUGCCAAUACAAUGGCAGUGGAGCCACGCACAAUGUUAGCCCUGCCCAGAAAUCACCACCAUCCACCCCUCCACCGUAAAUCGAGGGGACAGAACUAUAUUUAACAUGGGCUUCAAUGCACCAAGCACUCCUACAUAAGAAAUCCCAUUGAAUCUUCUAAACGAUGUUGAGGGUUCACUGACAUUAUCCCCAUUUCACAGAUGAAACAGGGCUGCUGAGGCCAUCUAAGAUGCAUUAAUUGGUCUCAACCCACCUGGAUCAAAGGAGAAUGAAGAACACCAAGGACACCAGACAUCAGCAAGAUAACCGGAGUCCAACAUGAAGCCUCCAGCCCUUAAGAAGUCUGACCCACUUGACGCUCCAAAGACUAUUUCAGCCACUCAAGGUGUGUGUCCCUCCCCCAAAUCGGAUUCACCACAUUUUACAUUUAAAGGGAAACCACUUAUAAAUCCUGAAGUAGACUUGUAAAGAGUUCAGCUUCAGCCUGAAAUUACUUUUUUGGCCGUUUCAGCAACUAAAAUGUCCACGUUUACAUUAGCAGCCUCCCACCACAGGCGAGGAUGCACCUGGAUUGGCACUGAAAUAAUUCUCCCACAAGUGAUACACGUGAGGAGCACCGCUCCCUCUGGACCUUGAAAUUGGAUAUCAAAACGGGUUGAGGACCAGGCUACCUACCUCACAGGGCCAAUCGUUGGAGAAUUAACUGGUAGUGUGUGAAAUACCCCUUCUGUCUGACACAUGCAGAAUAAAUGGCUGUUAAUUGUUGGUAGGAGUCCCUGGGAGGCACAAACUCUUAAGAGCUCAACUACUAACCAAGAGGUUGGCAGUUCAAAUCCGCUCAGAGUUGCCUCAGAAGAAAGGCCUGCAGAUCUACUUGUGAAAGAUCACAGUCAUUGAAAAAUCCUGUGGAACACAUGGGGUCCCAUGAGCCAAAAUCAAUUUGACUGCAAUUGUUUUUUUUUUUAAUUGUUGGUAUGGGCAGAAGGGAGGGGAGGGAGGCGGGAAGGAAGUAACCUAUACUGACCAUCUCCUGGUUGCAGGUGUUCUGCUUACAUUACCAAUUCUCACAGCCAAUAUGACCCUAUUUUACAAAUGAAGAGACAGAAGCUCAGAGAAGUUAGGUAGCAUGGGUCAGGGUCACAUAACCAGUCUGGGGUAGAGGCCUCGCAUGCCUAACCCCAAAUUCCUUCACUUCCCACCCCACCAUCUUCUCCCCAGUCACUCCAAUCUCUGCCUUCGCUUUUAUGUGAUAGUCUCCCUGUGUGCCCGCGGUGUAGUGAGUUGCUUUAAUAUGGCUCCUUUAGCUGUGACCUUGUGACUCCCACAAAAUAAUUGGAUGGGACUAUGCACCUAAGGUGCCUCUGGCCCACCAAGGGGACUAGACAGCCUGCUAAUAAUGAAGAUAAGGUGCAUGGAACCCUGGGGAGAGGGCAGGACUAUGCAAAUAAGAUGUACGGCAUCCUUGUAGGGGAUAGGUCAGUUUUGCCAUCCUGCUAGGUUUAAAAAGAGCCAAUCCCAGAGAGUGAGAAGGGGAUCUCACUACCAUCAAGAAGAGCCAGGAGCGGAGCGACUCUUUUGGACCCAGGGUCCCAUACCCAGGAGAGAGAGAGAGGAGUAACACCGCAGGGAGCAGUGGAACGAGAUGCCAGGAACCAAGAGACCAGUGUGAGACAGUAUGGUUGGCUUCCCAGGCUACUGAACAAGAAAGCCGAGACCCUUCUGGCCAAGGCUUACUGGUAGAGUGGGGUGCCUCCAGGCACUUGUUGGCAAAGCUAGGCAUGCUGACCCAAGGAGCGAGAGUUGAACACCUUCACUCAGGAGGCUUGCUGACAGAGUGGGGUGUCUCCGGGCACUUAACUGCAGAGCUAAGGAGCUUUGUAAUACUUGCCCAAGAAGGGCAGGGGCCAGGGCCAAGAGGGACCUAUCCUGAGGGGGCCAAGAAAAGCCUGUCCUCAGGGGGCCUAGAGGAGGCCUGUCAUCAGGAGGCACGCAUGGCAGAGAGAAGGGCCUGCUUGCUUGCACAGCCAAGAGGAACUGAGAGAGCUGUCCUGCACUGGAGAAGGGAAGGGUGUGCUCUCCACUUUGGGGGAGCCUUCCAGACUUCGCCUACAUGCUUCCUGAUCUUGACCCUGAGUGGUAGCCUGUUGAUUCUGAUCCCGAAUUGAACCUGUUACUUCCCUAAUAAACCCCAUAACUGUCAGUAUGAUCUGUGAGUUCUGUGAGGCCACUGCAACAAAUUAUCAAACCCCGCAGGGAAGCAGAGGGGCGGGGGGAUGCCUGGUGUCAGAAUUGGUAAAAAGGUUGGAGAGAGGAGGUAUGUCUGACCUCCAUCUUACAGGAGUCAACCUUGGGCUGAUAUUGAUGGUAAUUCUCUCCCCUCCUCCUGAAGUUAGGCAAGGUCUGAUGCCAUGCCGUUUUGGCAGUGUCUGUCUGUUUCUGUGUCUCUUCUCUUCCUGUAAAGACACCAGUCAUAUUGGAUCAGGGCCCGCCCUACUCCAGUAUGACUUCAGUUAACAAUUACAUCUGCAAAGAUGCUGUUUCCAAAGACGGUCCCGUUCACAGGUACCAGGAGUUAGGACACAAGCGUAUCUUUUUGGAGGACACGAAUCAGCCCGUCACGGUCAGCCACCCACGGACCAGAUCCUCGGCUGGCAGGCAGCUCCUCCUCCACCCUGCUUCCUCAGCAUCUCCGAACAAGCAGAGGGAAGCAAGGCAAGCUUGCUCACAAAGGAGGAACUCAGCUGGGGUUUGCACAUUUGUCCUGCCACAUCCCCUGCCACUGACCCGAAGAGAAGGACGUUGGGUCUCCCUCUCCUCAGAGACAAACACCACUUGUCCUUGACCUGGGCCUGAGCAGUUCUUUGCAACAAGCCUUCAGGGAGGGGAACAGCAUGGGCGGCCUGUGAGCGUGGGCUUGUCCCUGCCAGGACCCAGAGGUACAUCCUGUUCCGGUGUUGCCAUGGCGAAGCCAAACAUCUGCCACAACAGACGGCUGUGGCUGGCGGCUGGCGGUGGGGCCUGGAUGGGCUGGGCACAGGGAGGCUGGGAUGGAGAAGAACAGUGAUCUGGGCAGCCACCCUGAAUUCCACCCCCAACGCACAUGCAUGCACAUGCACCCACAUGCACAUAUGCAUAUACACACGUGUACACACAUGCAAAUGUACACACACACACAUACACACGCUCUGUCUGGGAAGCAAGUUGUACUUCCCCAACAGAAACAUUUCCCAUAGGGAAGAGUUCCUAAUUCUUAAUUUAUUCCUGGAGAUCCUGGGAGGAGAUCCCAGGAGCACAGUGAGACUGGGCCCUCCUGAAUUCCCUUCCUAGUCUCCCUCACAGCCAGGCUCACAAAGCUGCCCUGUCCCCCAUCCCGCUCCCAAAAUACAGUACGCUGUCCUGGUUGGUGUUAUUGUUUUUCCUGAGUGUUAAGUAAAACACAACGUAGUGUGACAAAAUCUCGUGAUGUAUGGGAUCCACUAUGCGGUGGAAGCCAGGCACUGUGCCAGGGGUGCCACAUACCUCAAAUUGUAACCCCACUAAAGAAUGGGCAAAGGCUCGAAGAGACCUUUCUCCAAAGAAAAUCUGCAAAUGACCAAUAAACACAUGAAAAGAUGCUCAACAUCGUUAGUUGUUGUUAGCUGCUGUCAGGUUGGUCCCCCAACUCAUGGUGACCCUGUGUGUUACACAGUAGAGUUGCUCCAUAGGGUUUUCUUGGCUGUGAUCUUCACGGAAGCGGAUCACCAGGCCUUUCCUCCGUGGAGCUGCUGGGUAGGUUCGGUUCUCCAACCCUUAGGUUAGCAACCUUUUGGGCCCCUCAGGCUCCUCCCUAAGUCAUUAAAAAAAAAAAAAAAGAGGAAUGCAAAUCAAAAUCACAAUGAGAUACCACUUCC